AUGUCAGACUACAGCUUCGUUGAGAACCACAAAGAACUUACAGAACUGAUGUCUGACUUAGAUGUUGAUAUGAAGAGAUGUGAACAGCGAAAGAGAUUUAGAAGAGGAAAAAUAAGUGAUAAGCAACUGAAAUGUAUGGUUGGAAAGAUUAUUGAUACAGAUGAGGUCAUUGCCAAUGAAAUAGGAUCUUUCCAGUAUGGACAUAGCACUAUUCUAAUGUUGGAGUCAUUCACUGACGAUGAUAUCUAUAUAAAAUCUCACCACUCUGAUCACACCAACCUAAUCAAUAAAAAAGGCCAGCAGAAAAAAGAAUUCAAGAUAAAACCCAAUGACUUAUGUGUGAGUAGAAGCAGUGUAUACUUUUCUGAUGUUGAUAACAGGUCCAUCGCUCGAUUUUCUCCGUCCGGAUCUGUUUCUGUUGUCCUUAGAACAGAUCCACUGUUACCAGGAGGGGUAUGUAGUCAAAGAAGCGGAGGUCUUCUGGUGACAUUGAACGACAACACAACACAAUGGAUGAAUUCAGAUUCAGACAGCAGACAUUUGGUGAGACAAGUUUCCCUCACUGGUGAAACUAUCCGAGAAUACGAGCACACUGCUGACGGUAAAACAAAGCUGUUUACUCUACCAGUCAAAGUCGCACAAAAUGGUAACUCGGACAUCUGUGUUGUUAACUGGACAAACAGAACUAAAGGGAACCUUGUUAUUUUGUCUUCUGCUGGACAUCUCAGAUCCAUGUACGGUGGACAGCCACUGAAGUGGAACUUUUUACCUUUUGAUGUGACCUGCGAUUCUUUCUGA